UCGCACUCAAUAUGGGAGAGUAAAGACUUAAUAUUAUCAGAUAUUAACCUGCGGUCAAAACUUAAUACGUAAAUUUAUAUACUAUACUAAUUAUAGUUUCGAUUCUAGUAUAAAACGUAAAUUAUAGUAAAACUCUCUGGUUUCGUACAUACACGAUUGCAUUUUUGGCAACAAGCUUGUUACUCCAGUAAAAACUAAAUGACAUUAUUAAUUUAAGUUGGCAACACCAUGUGAUUGAAAAUCAAGCCGGGGAUUCCCAAACAAUACACUCCGAACAGGGACGGGAAUGUAAAUAGGUAGCAUCGAUAAAAUGCUCCAGUCGUUCGAAAUUUUCAUCAAGAAUAGAUGAGUUAACAACUGCUAAACAAUGGGUGUUUUAGAUCUUCUAGUUCUGCUUAAGAUAAACUGGCGCGCACAUUUUGCGUAUAGCGGAGAGAACGUUUUUCACGUGAUUGUGAAAAAUGGAUGGUAUUGUUCCUUAUGUGAACUCCAACAUUUAUUGGAUGACAAGUUCACGACGCGGCUCAAUCAGAAAAAUGAUCUGGGACAAACUUGCCUUCAUGUUGCAGUGAGAAUACAUCGAGGGCAGCGAGCAAUAAAGAUGAUAGAAAAGUUGGUGAAAUAUGGAACAGAUCUCAAUGUACGAGAACGUAAUAGUAGUGACACUGUCCUUCACAUUGCAGUGGGGAACCAAGACUACGAACUAGCUGCAUGGUUGUGUCAACAACCACACAUAGAUUUAGAAGCAGAAAACUACUACAGUCACAUGGCGUUCAAAAAGGCUUCAAAAAAUAAGGACAAAGAAAUGGCAAUAAUACUCAAAACUUAUGGUACGAUUCCUCGGCAAGAUUUCCUGGCUACUGCGAAGAAAGUGUUUCUGAUAAGUGGCUAAAAGUGUCGCGAAGUAAAUAGUGUAGACAUGAGUUUUAUGUGUAGGUGUCGCAAAUAGCAUAAGUGUAUUUUAUUGAUAGAAAGCAUAGCUACUAGAUGUAGACAAUACAAUCUCAUUUGGUGUGUUUAAAAUAACUCGUAGGUUAAUUUGUGUUACAUUAGUUUAUACAUUGCGAAGCGACUAGUAUGUAAGAUAAUGUAAUCACUGUUAUCGCACCUUAUCAAAAUGUGUUUCUCAGAAGGUUUUUGUAAUUCUUUGAUCGAAGUGGAUUGAAUCUCACUUCCGAUAUAGACAAACAGCAACCGAACAUUAAAAGAUUGUUAUUGAAAUCUAGAUACAUUGUAAUGUACUAUUUGUAACUUGUAUAAAAAUCUCUAGAGAGUUUUGAGGCUCUAGACGUAGGGUACAUUGUCUCGAAUCCCGGCAAGAACAAGACUUUUUCCACCCCAUCAACGGUUACUACUUCGGGAAUCCGCCUGUACUCGACCAGGUUUUUUAGAGUUUUCCUGGUCGUUGUGGUAGGGUUGUUCGCAUCCCUAUCACAAGCAUAUGCAGUACAGUGUAGUAAGACGGACCUAGCUGCAAAAGUAGGUAGGUUUUUUGGGAAAAGUAGGAAACAAACAGACAGAUUUUAACGGAAAGGCAAGCUCUCUCUCCUCCACCUUAACAGGCAGAUAAUAAGAAAAGGUAGUUGAAGACAAAAGUGUUCAAAAUUCUACAGUAAAUGUACACUGCAACCCACUGAUAAUAAUAACUUGAUAUGUAAAUCUGUAUGCCAUAGUGAUGAGAGCUUUUUGUAAAUCUUGCAUAUCAUAUAAGUUUUAUGUUAUAUUUUAUU